AUGGACCCCAACUUGAAGAUCAUGAUCGAGAAGCUCGACGGCCUCACCAAGCGCUUCGAUGACCGCGAGGUGCACUGGGAGCGCCGGUUCUCCGGGUUGGAGCGCAACCUCACCGCUCGUGGUGAGUACGUCGACCGCCGCCUCACCGAGUUGGAGUCCCGUGGGUCUGCGUCCACCGACCCCGACAUCGCCAAGCGUCUCUCGACGUUGGAGUCAGCCUGCGUCGACAACGAAGCUGCAAUCACCAAGCGAUUGGCUGCGAUCGAGUCCAAUCGCGUGGUCAUCACCGACGACGACUGCGACGCCCGCGUCACCGCCCUGGAGACGCUCGAGGGGAUCGUCGACGACCUCCGUACCCAAGUUCAGAAGGUGUCCCGGAACUACGACCGCGGCGUGUUCGACGCAUCGUCGCACCAGCCCGGCGUCAUGGCUCCUUCUGCUCCGGCGGCCGCGGAUUCGUCUGCUGGCGUCGCCAAAUCGGCCAACGGGCACCAUGUCGUCAUGACUACACGGGUUCCUGAGUUUGGGUCAUCAACACCCACAACUCAUGGCCCGGCCAAUGGUAUGGUCUCAACCCGUCCCCUUCCUCUGUUGCGUGCACCUCCUCCAGUGCCGCCGUAUCCGCCGGCGCCGAAUCCUCUGCCCCGUCCCGUUGUUCCGUUUCCUCUACCCCACCCUCCUUAUCCAGCACAGUCAUAUCCACCAUUACCUUACCCCAUACCUCCAGUCCCGUAUCCUGCACCCCCAUACCAUCCAAAUCCUCCUCAUCAUCAGAAUUCAUCUAGCCGUUUACCCAAAUUUGACUUCCCAAAGUUUGACGGCGAGAACCCGCGCCUAUGGCGUACUCGCUGUGAAAACUACUUCUCCAUGUACUCAUUUGAGCCGCAUAUGUGGAUCCGGGUGGCAACCAUGCAGAUGGAAGAGGCCGGUGGCACUCAAGAGCUGGCGCGCCCUUCUUCUUCUUCUUUAUUCAGCAAUAUUCCCAAGACGGCGUUGCCCUUGCCUCCACCUCCUAAGCCUGACAAGUUCAAAGCCUCUGCUGAAAACAGUACCAGUUCUCCUCUGGACUCCAAGCUGGUGGCUGUUAAGGCGUAUCGUAAAGCAAUGGGACUAUGUUAUAAGAGAGGUCUGAAGUGGUCAAGAGAUCACAAGUGUGCACCUGAAGUUCUUCAUGCUAUUCAUGAUUUAUGGGAGUCAUUGUCUGUUGAUGAUUGCAGCUCUUCAUUGGAUACUUCCACAGAACAGCCAGAACAGUUGUUCUUAGCUUUAUCCAAGAUUGCAAUUGGUGGUGCUCCUGCUCCAAGAACCAUACAAUUCUCUGGCAACAUUGAAGGUCUACCCCUUUCUAUACUCAUUGAUUCUGGUAGUUCUUCAUCAUUUAUCAGUGAUAGAAUUGUUAAGCAGUUGAGCUCGCAGACAAUGGUUGCUAGUCGCACUUCAGUUCAUGUAGCUGGUGGUGGCAUUUUGUUCAGUGAAGGAAUUCUAUAUGAUGUUACAUGUUCAAUAGGAAAUUAUUCUUUCCAUUCUGAUUUGAAGAUCUUGCCACUCACCAAGUUUGAUCUCCUAGUUGGUAUGGAUUGA